AAUCUUGAAAAAUUUUGCGUUUUUGGGUGGAAGUAAACAAGGCCUAACUCAAAUUACCUCUGUGAGAUUCGUCUGAUUUAUCUGCAGUCUAUCAGAUGAACUACGGACGCAAGUUAACGAAUCACCAGCAUCGCAGAAAUUACACACCAGGGUCCGGGGACGAAUCAGAGGCUUGGAAAUUGGAAAUCGUCUUCAAAAAAUCAAAGUGUAGGGGAUCGAAAAGAAAAGAAAACAGAACAAAACCCCUUGCGCUCCCCUAUCCGGUCAUGAAUCGUCAUCCCUGUCGAAACCUCGUCCGCCGGUUCCCGUCGCCAUGGUGGUGGUGGCGCCCUCCUCCGCAUGCUCCUUCCUGCUCGCGCACCCGUCCGGCCCCGCGCGCCCUCGCCGUCCCCACCCCAUGAACUCGACCGCCAAACCCCUCUCCCAUACCCUCACCAUCCGCUGCGCCGCCACAACCGCGGCGGGGCGCCCGGGACCCCCACCGCCGAAGCUCCCGGGACCCCCACCGCUGCCACCGCCGAAGCUGGUCCGCUGCGCUGCUCUCGACCGCCAGGCGGCGCGCGCAAGCCGCCUCCGCUUCGUGCGCAAGCUCCUCACCCUCCUCCUCUCCAAGCCACGCCAUUUCCUCCCGCUCCGCGUGCUCAACCGCUGCCGCCGCUUCCUCGGCCUCCCGCGCCGCGGCCGCCCGCUCAUCCCCAUGGUCCUCCGAUACCCGGCCCUCUUCCGCCUCUUCCAGGCCCAUACCUCCCUCCCGCUCUCCCCGUCCCUCUCCACCCUCGCGGUCGGGCUCACUCCCGCCGCCGAGGCGCUCGCCGCCGACCUUGCCGCGCUCCGCGCCACCAGCACAGGCGCAGACGCGCUCGCCGCCAAGAUCCACCGCCUCCUCCUUAUGACCCCGCGCGGAAGCAUUCCGGUGAACAGGCUCGUCCACCUCGCCCCCGACCUCGGCCUCGCCAUGGACUUCCGCGCGACGCUUUGCCCCCGCCACCCGGACCUCUUCAGACUCGUGAACACCUCCCGCGGCCAUGCACUCAAGCUCGCCGAUCCCCCGCCAACGCCGCCUCCGCCGCCCCUCUCUCUUCGCCCCGCCGCGACGCCCGACCGCCUCAUGGACAGGCCGCGGAGGUUUCCGCACCUCCCGCUCCGCCGCGGGCUUAACCUCCGCCGCGCGCACAGGGACUACCUCCUGCGGUUCCAUAGCCUUCCCAAGGUGUCCCCGUUCGAGCAGCUGGAUGAGGGCGCUAGCCUGGAGAUGUUGGAGCGGCGGGCGUGUGCCGUGGUGCGGGAGGUGCUGGCCAUGACGGUGGAGAAGCGGACGCUCGUGGAUCACCUCACGCACUUCAGGAAAGACUUUGGGUUGCCAAACAGGCUGCGCGCCAUGCUGGUACGACAUCCAGAGCUGUUCUAUGUCAGUGUGAACGGGGUGCGACAUUCAGUGUUCCUUGUGGAGGCGUUUGGUGAUGAUGGGAGGCUCCUAGUGGAGGAUGAGAUGCUGGUUGGGAGGGAUAGGCUAGAGGAGCUUGUUCGGGAGGGAAAGCGGAUGCGGCGUGCUCGGAAGAAAGGCCUUCUCACGUUUGAUGGUGACAGUGAUGAGGAUGAAGAUGAUGAGGCAGCAGAAGAGGAAGGUUCAUUAGAGGUGGAUGAUGAGUUUGGGGACUUGUUUGAGGAUGGUAUAAUUGGGGAGGAUUGGGAGGAAGUAGGCGAUGGAGGUAGAAGUGAGGCAUAUGAAGAGUACGAUGCUGAAUUGGGUGAGACAGAGGAGUUUUGGGUCAAGAAGGCUGUGGCUCAAGGACUGGUUGAUGAUGGUAAUGAGCAGGAUGUUUGGUGAGCGCAUCAGCUUGUGAGACUUUGCUCAGGAAGUUAACGAAGAUUGAGAAUUCCUCAAGUGUGCUUUCUCAGCAAUGCACAUAAACCAGUAAGCAUCGGUACAUAUCCCGGUAUCUUGGACCUCUUGGUCCCAUUUGCCGCCUGUCUGUUGCUACUUGCAAGGGGCUAGUCAGUGUCCAAGGGCCUAGCGCGCUUUGGAACUUUGGAAAGACAAAGAGAUGAAGCGGCUCCGUUAUCCUCUGUUACUUUUGUUAUGGAGAGGAGCUAGAUGGACAGUCGCGAUGUCGAGGACAUGCGUCCUCCUGGGUCCUAACGGUUCGUUUAUACCCCAUCCCACUUCCUCCAGCAGUCCAACAGAGAUUCAGCCAUGGCGGACGCCGACCUUGGAUGAACUGCCGGUGAUUCACUGAGGGGAUGGAUGCUCUCAGGAUUCAAGUUAUGGAAAGCGCCGUACCUUUCCUUAUGGGGUCCUCCGCCCCUGUGGAGCUCGUCGUGGCUUGGGCAGGGCCGUGGAGGACUGGUGUAGGUUUGAUCCAGAGCAUGCAUGGUCUUGGACUGAGCGACGACAACCCAGAAGGCGGAGGAGGCCAGGAUUGAGCGGCGACGUACAAGGCUAGGGGAAGAAGAUUGAUUGGUGGUCGAUUGCGAGGCAAUGACGACUCCUUUCCUAGGCGGAGUCCCCCACCGCGUGAUGUUGACGCUCGCAAUGAAGGAACGGCGGCGGCUGCCUCACGCGUGACGUGUAAAGCUCUGUUCUCCAUGCGCCGGAUUCUCCACGGGCACAGAUAGUGGUGUUUUUGUUGAAGGCGUUAAAGUUUAACAUGUGCUAUAGUUUUUUUGUUUUAUUUGGUAAUUAGUGUUCAAUUAUAGAUUAAUUAGGCUUAAAAGAUUCGUUUCGUAUAUAUAUUCAAAUAUUAAGACGGAAGUUAAAGUUUACCGAUGUAAACGAAAUAGGACCUUAGAGGGUGUUUGGUUGGGGAUGAUCUUUGUUUAAAUCCAUUCUUUUUUGGAUUUUGAGCCUGUAGCAUUUUUGUUUUUAUUUAACAAACAUUAUUCAA